AUGGAUCCGCGGAAAGCGAAGCAGACGACAAGGAAGAGGGAAUUGCAGUCUAGAGACGACCUCGAUGCCCUCCUCAAACCUUUCUACUACAGCAAGCGAUUGACAGAUCCUAUCAACACAGCAAGAGAUAAGUGGAAUCUUCUGCCAGCAUUUCUCAAGGUCAAAGGGCUUGUCAAGCAGCAUAUCGACUCAUACGACUAUUUCACCGAUGUUGAGCUGAAGAAAAUUGUCGAGGCCAACUCUCUUAUCGUCUCGGAGGCCAAUAACAAGAAAUGGAUUCGCUUCACAGAUAUCCGCGUAGGCAAACCUUGUCGUGUCGCAGAUACUGGCUUAGGUUACGUCGAAACCGUGGUGACGCCGAACGAGUGUCGCCUGCGGGACAUGACGUAUGCUGCACCAAUUCUUGUGGACUUCAUUUAUCCCAAGCAGUCCGGAAAUGUCAGGAAGACGAAUGUCAUGAUUGGCAGGAUGCCAAUGAUGUUACGUAGCUCCAAAUGCGUACUGUAUGGGCGUCCAGAGUCUGACAUGGCGUGGCUGAACGAAUGCGCCGUUGAUCCCGGAGGUUACUUCGUAGUCCGGGGACAGGAAAAAGUCAUUCUGGUACAGGAGCAGCUCAGCAAGAAUCGUAUUAUUGUUGAAUCUUUCAAGGGUGUCAUUCAAGCGUCUGUCACCAGUCACACAGCAAAUGUCAAGACGAAGACAUACGUGAUUACGAAAAAGGGGUACAUUUACCUCAAGCAUAACUCCCUUUCCGAGGACAUUCCAGUGGUCAUCAUUCUCCGCGCGAUGGGCAUACAGUCUGAUCACGAAAUUCUCCUGCUCACGGCCGGGAGCGAUGCACAAUACCAGGACGAGUUUGCUCAGAACAUGGAGCUUGCAGCAAGGGAAGGAGUGUACACUCAAGAACAGGCUCUUGAUUAUGUGGCUAGCCGCGUGAAACAGGAGCGCUUUGAUUCAAGGUUCAAGAAUCGUGAGAGGACACCUAAGCAACAAGCAUUAGAAAAACUCGCUGCAACCAUCAUACCGCACGUCGAGGUUGAAGGCUUGAACUUUCGACCCAAAGCACUCUAUGUGGCAUUCAUGACUCGUCGGGUACUCAUGGCUGUUCAUGAUCCCAAGCUUGUUGACGACCGCGAUUAUGUAGGAAACAAACGGUUAGAGCUCGCUGGGCAGAUGCUAGCCUUGUUGUUCGAAGAUCUAUUCAAGGAUUUUAUCCGACAGAUCAAAGUCAAUAUGGACAAAUUAUUGAAGAAGCCCAAUCCCACACAAGAGUUCGAUCCUUCACGUAUUGUUGAGCAGGGCGAAGCUCGUAUCACAAGCGGGAUGGAGCGUGCAAUCUCCACAGGCAAUUGGACUCUCAAGCGUUUCCGCAUGGAUCGUGCAGGCGUUACUCAUGUGCUGAGUCGAUUGAGUUACAUCAGUGCUCUUGGAAUGAUGACCCGCAUAACGAGUCAAUUUGAGAAGACACGUAAGGUGUCUGGACCACGUGCCUUGCAGCCUUCACAGUUUGGCAUGCUGUGCACCUCAGACACACCUGAAGGUGAAGCGUGUGGUCUCGUCAAAAAUCUGGCCCUCAUGACCCACAUAACAACAGCCGACGAUGAAGAACCUGUGCGAAAGAUUGUUUUCGUGCUGGGCGCAGAAGAUAUCGCCUUCGCGUCAGGCACCGAGAUCUUCGCGAACGGCGCCUACAUCAUCUUCAUGAACGGUACACCCAUGGCACUGACUCGUCAACCCAAGCAAUUCCUUGUCGGCUUCCGCAAAUUCCGGCGAAUGGGUAGAAUCUCGGAAUUUGUCAGUAUAUAUAUCAACCAUCACCACAAUGGUGUGCAUAUUGCAACGGAUGAGGGACGAGUGUGCCGACCCUUGAUUGUGGUUGAAAAGGGCAGGUCGAAAGUGAACAUUCGUUUCCUAGAAUCCCUACGCAAGGGAAGAGUCGAUUUUGAUGCUGCACUCUCCCGCGGCAUCGUUGAAUACCUUGAUGUCAACGAGGAGAAUGAUUCCAAUAUCGCCAUUUACGAGAAAGACAUCAACCAAUACACCACUCAUCUGGAGAUUGAGCCGUUCACCAUACUUGGGGCUGUAGCUGGUCUCAUUCCAUAUCCUCACCACAAUCAGUCGCCAAGAAACACCUAUCAAUGUGCCAUGGGCAAGCAAGCGAUCGGCGCUAUCGCGUACAAUCAAUUCACGCGCAUUGACACUUUGCUGUACCUGAUGGUAUAUCCACAGAAACCCAUGGUCACUACUCGCACCAUCGAGCUGGUCAAGUAUGACAAGCUACCGGCCGGGCAGAACGCUGUCGUGGCUGUCAUGUCAUAUUCUGGAUAUGACAUCGAAGAUGCGCUCGUGCUCAACAAAGCAUCUUGUGACCGAGGAUUUGGACGUUGUCAGGUUUUCAAGAAGAUCAGCAUGCCGCUCAAGUCUUAUGGCAACGGCUAUCGCGAUCGAUUGGCUGAUAGAGAUCCGAAAAAUCCUCGUCAUCAAAAAAUCGGAAAAGAUGGUCUCGUCGAGGUUGGCUCCCAGCUUGAAAGCUCCGAGAUGUACAUGCUCAAGGAGCAGCCCUUGAACCAAGCCUCAGCCAUUCCGCAAAAGGAUCAGAAGUGGUCACCUAUGCACAUGUCUUACAAGCUGCCCGAUCCCUGUUACGCUGACAAGGUGAUGAUUACGACUAACGAAGCAAACACCACUAUUGUAAAAAUUCAGACGCGUCAAACACGUAGACCAGAGAUUGGUGACAAGUUCUCAUCGCGUCACGGCCAAAAGGGUGUUGUGGGUCUUUUGGUUGAACAGGCAGACAUGCCCUUCUCCGAUCGUGGCAUCAACCCAGAUAUUAUCAUGAAUCCCCACGGUUUCCCUUCACGUAUGACAGUCGGCAAGAUGCUGGAGCUAGUAUCCGGCAAGGCGGGCGUCCUUGCGGGACAGCAGGAAUAUGGCACAGCUUUCGGUGGGAGCAAGGUUGAAGACAUGGGUGCCACGCUCGUCAAACAUGGCUUCAGCUACUCGGGCAAGGACUUCCUCACCUCAGGCAUUACCGGCGAGAGUUUGCCCGCAUACGUAUUCAUGGGCCCGAUCUACUACCAAAAACUGAAGCACAUGGUUCAGGACAAGAUGCACUCGCGAUCGACCGGGCCGCGAGCCAUUCUUACCCGCCAACCGACAGAGGGUCGGUCGCGCCAAGGUGGUCUGCGAUUGGGAGAAAUGGAACGUGAUUGUUUGAUUGCGUAUGGCGCAAGCCAGCUGCUGCUCGAGCGACUCAUGCUCAGCUCAGAUGCACAUCAGGUUGAUGUGUGCCAGACCUGCGGCAUGAUGGGAUACAAUAUGUGGUGUCAAACCUGUGGGACGAGUCGAGCCGUGGUGCGGAUGACUAUGCCGUAUGCCGCUAAACUCCUGAUUCAGGAGCUGAUGAGCAUGAACGUCAAAGCCAGUCUACAGCUUGCUGACGAGUUUCCUCGCGAGGUCUGA